GACCAGGGGUAUCUCAGCAAUGCGAAGCAUCUCUCCAAGGUGUUUUAACCGACAAAAACGUGAUUGCUUGCUACGACAUUUCUACUCUCUUAUCGGGUGCGCCUCCUGUAACUACGGCGGACGUAGAAAAGUUAGAGACGCAAUUUUUAGAUCAAUUCUGUACAAAUCCAGCAUGUAGCGAAGACGUAUUCAAAACAGCUUUCAGUCCUGUCGUCACGGCAUGCGGUACCAAUAGCUCUACGG